AUGGCAUCAUCAAUACCAGGACCUGUUUCUUUACCUCAGUCGAAAUAUGACUUGACCACCUACUGGGGAAGAGUCAAACACUGUGCUGAAAUUUCUGACCCCACGAUGUUGUUGAACACAUCUCAUGACAUUGAAACUGCUAAGAGAAUGGUUUGGGAUUAUAAAAAUGGAGUUACAGCCAAAAUGAGUCCUGAGCUUUGGAGAGCUAAAAAAGUAUUGGAUUCUACUUUACAUCCAGAUACCGGUGAAACUGUUUUUUUGCCAUUUAGAAUGUCUUCUUGUGUUUUGUCAAACCUUGUUGUAACAGCAGGUAUGUUGACACCAAACUUGGGAACAGCAGGCACUUUGUUUUGGCAAAUUGCCAACCAAUCCUUGAAUGUUGCAAUUAAUACCGCCAAUGCCAACAAGUCACAUCCUUUAACGACUAAACAAAUUAUCACUAAUUAUACAUUGGCAGUUUCAGCCUCCUGCUCCGUUGCAUUAGGAUUAAAUUCGUUAGUACCCAGAUUGAAGUCAUUAAAGCCAAACACAAGAAUGAUUCUUGGCAGAUUAGUUCCAUUUGCAGCUGUUGUCUCAGCAGGUAUUGUUAAUGUAUUUUUAAUGAGAAGUGAAGAGUUGAAAAAGGGGAUAACUGUGUUUGAUAAAAGAGGAAAUGAGGUUGGGACUUCCAAGCAAGCAGCCUGGUAUGCUGUAGGAGAAACAGCGGCAAGUAGGGUGAUUAAUGCCACCCCUAUCAUGGUUAUACCGCCUUUGAUUUUAGUGAAAUUGCAACAAACUAGAUUUUUGAAGGGGAAAUCCAAAGGUGUUGAAACUUUGGUAAAUAUCGGGUUAAUCUUUGCCACAUCAUUAGUUGCUUUGCCUUUUGCAUUAGCUGUUUUCCCACAAAGAAGGGUUUUAGGUGUGAGCAAAUUAGAAAGCAAGUUUCAUGAGUUAAAGGACAAGGAUGGCAAUGAUAUCGAAGAAUUAGAAUUCAACAGAGGUAUAUAG